ACUUCAUCUACAUUACUUCUUUUAUAAUUUCAUCUUCAACAAAAUCUUCCAAUUUCAUCUACACCAACUCCCCAACAAUAUGUCUUUACUCACAAUGGGCGAAGCACACAGAGGAACAGUUGCAAACAUCGCAACAUACGAUGUAUCAAGGUUUCGAACUCGAGUCCACGAACUUGUCCCAAUGGACCCGAUGAUUCAACCUUAUGUUGAACUCGCCGGUUUUGGUCACAUUAGCAAGAUUAUGUCUUGGUCUAUAGAUAACAAGUUCAUUCUAGCCUUAUGCGAAAGAUGGAGGCCAGAGACACACACAUUUUGGUUUCCAACCGGUGAGUGUACCGUGACGUUAGAAGACGUCUACAUGCUUUUAGGACUACGAAUUGAAGGCAAAGCUGUUAAUGGUAAGACCAACUAUGCAAACUCAAUUUGCAUGGAGCUUUUAGACACUGAUUUGUUAGAUGAUAAUGCUAGAGGUCAAGGUAUACUACUCUCACGCCUAAAGUCAUAUUAUAAUAGUUUAUAUUUAGAUGAGCAUUCUACCGAAGAUGCUCGAAUAAUCAAAACUAGAUGUUACAUUAUGUUGUUACUAGGAUCCUUUUUAUUUCCCGAAGGUAGUGGUUCUAGCAUGCAUAUUAUGUACUUACCUUUACUUAGACAUAUAGAUAGAAUAGGUAGUUACAGUUGGGGAUCCGCAUGUCUAGCCUAUCUCUAUAGUUCGUUGUGCAAAAACUCCCACAAAGACACAUCGACAUUUUCUGGAUGUGUUGUUUUGCUACAAGCAUGGGGAUGGUCAAGACUACCGUCUCUAGCACCGGUCAAUAACAACCCCUUCACUUUUCCAUAUGCAAAAAAGUAAGUUGUUUAAAUUGCUAUAUCUUUACUUACUUCCUUACAGUUUAGUACCCAUAACUAAUUUCUUUUAACUUUUUGGUGUAGAUGGUCGGCACGU